AUGAACCAAAUUAGUGGAUUAGGGCCACAAUUUAUACAUUGCACUAAUCACGACUUAGGCUUUUUACAGGUUUAUGCAAUGGGGAUUUGUAGCUUGAUGGUGAAAGAUACAGAGGCUGUCAUAGAAGUAGUCACCACCAUUUUGUGCCCCCCAAAAUGUCUAUAUAUUGUUUCAUUACUUGCAAUGAGUACAAGAAUUGCAAUAGGAUGCUUUCAGGUAACUGUUGGAGCUUCUUUCUUGUCUCAGACAAUUGCCUUGCAGGAUUCAACUACAGUGAAGUUUGAAAUAUGGGACACAGCUGGACAAGAGAGGUAUGCAGCACUGGCACCACUAUACUAUCGAGGAGCUGCAGUUGCAAUUGUUGUGUAUGAUAUAACUAAUCCUGAAUCCUUUACCAAAGCACAGUAUUGGAUCAAGGAAUUACGUAAACAUGGGAGCCCUGAGAUAGUCAUGGCUUUGGUUGGUAAUAAAGCUGAUCUCCAUGAAAAACGAGAAGUACCAGUACAAGAUGGAAUCGACUGUGCUGAAAAGAAUGGGAUGUUCUUUAUCGAGACAUCCGCUAAGACAGCAGAUAAUAUAAACCAGCUAUUUGAGGUACAGUCCUAGAGCCUUUUUCAUCUGAAAUUACAUUGUCUUGGGAGUGUAAUCACAUCCAUAUGCCUAUAGCGGCUGAAAAUUCAGUAAACAACUGCACUUAGAAACAUCGUUCUCAUUGUUGCUUAUAGUUGUGAUGAAUUCGAUAACCAAAAAUGUUAGCCGAAAUAGAGAAUGGUCCAGAAUUAUGGAGCCUGAUGUCUAGUAUCUCGUAAACCACCAGGAAAUAACCUACAACUGUUUUAUUUAUUUCUUUUUAGUUUGAACAAGAAGGUUUUAUUGAACUCGUGAAUAAAACAGGAUUCAUAGAUUGGUAUGACAAGCUUGUUAUUAAAUAAAGAAAGUCCAUGGGUCAAACUUCUUAAUAGGUGAAACUAUCCUGGA